AUGGCGUCAGCUGGCAUGCUUUGGGGCAUCGUGCUAACGAGUCUUCUGCUGAUUCCUAUGGUUGCCGGCUUCUGUAUACUACGAGAAACCACGAAAAAAAGCAAAAAUAUUGCACUAUGGGACAAAGGAGAGAUUAUAGCUCCAGAGCCCUUAACGCACAGCUCAGCCUUCAGGAUAGGCGAUUACGACUGUUCCAAUGUCGACGACAGGGCCAAUGACCAUAAUAAACUAUUCGUGCAUUGCUGUUAUCUGGGCAAUCUGGAUGAUGAUGCGCCCUUGACGGAUGAGGAAAAUCGCCGCAGAUUGCAGAAAAUAUUCUUUAAAUCGGAAGAAAAGGAUCCAAAAAAGAAACCCUAA